AUGUCGACGGUCGUGUCCGAUUGUUUCACGAUCGGCAGUAUAGUUGCGACGAGAACUUGUUAUAAUGAACACAUCGAGGGCGAAGUGCUAGCAUUCGAUCCACAGACGAAAAUGCUAAUAUUGAAAUGUCCCUCUUCCAGUGGUAAUCCAAAGCGCCACGAUGUUAAUAUUGUUAAUUUAUCGCUAGUAAGCGAUGUACAGAUUAAGAAAGAAGUAACAACAGUGCCAGACCCGCCACCGUCGCUAAAUUUACAUAGGUUAAACACAAGGGUUCGCAAUUCCAUAGAAAACAAGCGAAGGCUGGUUUCAGCGUUAUCUGCAUGCCUGGAUCCAGAAGGCCAAAGGCUAUUCAUGGCUAUCGCUAGAGUCAUAGAAGAUGUCUCCUGGGCUGGCCAGAGCAUUAGAGUCUACAACCAGAUCACCAUCACACCACCAUAUAAAGUAGAAAAUGUAAUCGGCGAUCACGACUCAAAGUCGUGCAACUACAUAAGAAAGUUCGUCGAACGCCAUUGGCGGGAACAACAGUUGCGUGCGCACGCGACAGAUUCAAAUGCUCAAUUGGCGCCACCAACCCCAGCUAACACGCAGUAG